AUGACUGUGUUCAUUGCUGUGUUCAUUACCUCUAUUCUGCUGAUCGCCAAUAGCUUUCUUUACCGCUAUCUUCAGGUCUGCAAACACCAUCUCUUUGAACAUAUCAUGGCUCCACGGAAUCUCUCUGUCGUAAUUCUCGUGAAUGCAGCGAUUUUCGCAAACUGGUUUUUAGUUACUUACGUAGUGUACUGGCCGAAUGAUCAAUUUACUGCAAACAUCAGCCAAAUGGCCAAAGAGUUCACUGAGUUAGAUGCUUUCAAAUGCGCUCAGAUUGGAUUCUCCGUA